GGUUGGCUCCACUCCACACUGACUGAGCACUGGGGCAUCAUGCAGAGGAAGAGCAGUUUCACUGGGCCCCUCAUCACUGAUCUGUGUGCAGUGGCCUCUGGUCUGCAAAGAGAUUACUACUGUCAGUCAUCCACGAAUCUGGUCAGAGGUUCAGCUAUACUGCCGCGAGCAUUACACUGAGCUGGCCUUCAUCAGCAACCAGAGGAAUCUAGAGAUACUAAUGACCCAACAGGAUGCAGAGGGUCAGGAGGAGAGAACUCAGAAUUUAGGUUUUGGGGGUAGAUGAUCAUGGUAGUAAUGAAGACUGUGCCAUGGUAACGACAUGGCAUGAUGCACCGUGCUUUUGGCAAUUCUUCUUCUGCUACAAGGAGAAGCUGAUCCUGGUUCAGGAGAUGAAGAUGUGGGAGGAGGCUCUGGAGUACUGCAGGGAUCACUACACCGACCUCCCCAGCCUGCUCUCUGAGACUGAGCAUCUCCAGGCCCAGAGCAGGAUGGAUGGUGCCCAGACGGACCACGUGUGGACGGAUCUGAUCUUCCUGGCCAGAGAGUGGCUGUGGGUGAACGGGGACCCCCUGAAGUACCAGGCCUGGACCGGUGGGAAGCUGUCCCACUGCCCUUCCCAACACCUCCAAUGUGUGACCCUGACUAGAGAGGGAGGCGGUAUUCGGGAACCUGGGACUGUCAGGAGAGGAGGAACUUCCUCUGCUAUACAGAGUGAGUCCUAGAGGAGAGAGACAUGUAGAGGCUAUAUAAUACACUAACUAAAACUCUGUACUAUACUUAUUAUUACCACCGUGUGCUCUGUGUUUGCCGGAAUGAACCAUAAAACUACUGGUCAUGUCAGUGUAAAGGCUAGUAAGCCUUAUUAGUAAGCUUCGUACUAUCAUUGUCCCGCUCUUUGUAUAUUUUUGUAAUAUAGCAGUAAAACUGUUAAAGUGCUAGAGGACAUAUGUAAAUCAGAUUCAAUUUGCAGAAUCAAUCUAAAUUCAGAUAUUUAUCUUGUAUCAUAUACAUUGCAUCAGUUGCCUUUUGAAUCAUCAAUACUGAAAAUCAGAGGGUUCUUUGGCUGUCCCCAUAGGAUAACUAUUUUUGGUUCCAGGUAGAACCAUUUUGGCUUCUAUGUAAAAGGCUUCUACCUCUGCGGAAGGCUUCUACCUCUACCUAUGCUUCCUCUGCGGAAGCAUAGUUCCCGCUCAGCCCAGGCAAAACUGUUCGCUGCUCUGGCACCCCAAUGGUGGAACAAGCUCCCUCACGACGCCAGGACAGCGGAGUCACUCACCACCUUCCGGAGACAUUUGAAACCCCACCUCUUUAAGGAAUACCUGGGAUAGGAUAAAGUAAUCCUUCUAACCCCCCCCCCCCCCCCCCCCCCCCCCCCAAAUUGUAAAGUGGUUAUCCCACUGGCUAUAGGGUAAACGCACCAAUUUGUGAGUCGCUCUGGCUAAGAGCGUCUGCUAAAUGACGUUAAUGUGCCCUUGAGCAAGGCACUUAACCCUAAUUGCUCCUGUAAGUCGCUCUGGAUAAGAGCGUCUGCUAAAUGACUAAAAUGUAAAUGUAAAUGUACCUGGAACCAAAAGGGUUCUACCUGGAACCAAAAAGGGUUCUUCAAAGGGUUCUCCUAUUGUUACAGCCGAAUAACCGUUUUAGGUUCUAGAUAGCAGCUUUUUUUCUAAGAGUGUAGUGAAAAGAAAUGUAUUAUUUCUCCCCCUCAAUAUAUUUUUUUAAAAUUACACUGCAUAUAAGUUCAAAACAAUAUUUCUGGUGUAGUUAUGUUGAUAGAAAUAUCCCUGCAGACUUCCUAGGCCCAUGUUGUACAUCUGGGUUAAAGUGCCAUUAUAACAGAAUACUGUUUAAAGUAUCCCUGUUCUUAUGGCUUCACCUACAAAGUUCAUCAAAACUCACUGUAUACAAGUAACUUAUAUUAACAUAGUCAGGGCAUUCUAUUUCAGUUUUGUUGUUGUAGCAAAACGUUUAAUAUGUAUAUCAAUCUGAAGUUUUGUCCUAUUUUGGCAAGUUAAUCGUACAUGCAGGUAGAACUUGCAAAGCGUUUAUGAUGACAUCAUAUGUUAUAUUACACGUAUGUUACUAUUCCACACCAACAUUGAGGUAAAAAAUGUGUAAGGGCAUAUUGUCAAGAAAAUGGACUUCUCUGAACUCUGUCUCUGCUGAUUCUCUGUUGGAGGGAUUUACAUGUCAGCUUUGGUUAAAAUGUAUUUGUGUUCUUUGGACCGUGAGAUUUUCCGAAGCUCCUGGGUAGUUUGCUUAGAAGAUGCAGGAGUUAUUUGACUGCGGUGUUCCUUUUUAGGUAGUGUGUGUACAGGGCCCUUGCUAUAUUGUCUUUCCCUGAAUCCUCACAUCCUUUUUCUUCACCUUCUGCUCAUAAACGCAUUGGAGGAGAAGAUCCAAGGUUGUCAUCAGGGGGGGUUUGAGAAGGAUACGAGGAAAGAGGAUGUGAGAAAUCAAGGACAGACAAUUAACAAAUAGCCCAGUAGAAAAAAUAAAAGCAGUCUAAUUGGUAACCUGAGUAUACAGGUGAUGUAACAAGGCACUCUGAUGGUGGGCUGGCGCCUUUUCUAAUUUAGGCAAAAGUCCGUCCUCCACCCUCUCUCCUCCGUCCUAUCUCCUCCAUGACCCGGAAACUGAUAAGUGGUUGAGUGGUCUAGGAGAUGUCAAUUUGUUAGUAGGUGAACGGAAAAGUGUCCUCCCCUCCUUGAUAGCCACCUUUCGCCAAAGAUAGUUAUGCAUAUCCUACCUGAGUCCUUCGCAGAAGAGUUUUGAAAUCUCCCACAUCCCCUUUGAAUCAGAUUUUGUUUUGUUUGAAGAGAAAAGCACACGUUUAAAAACCAAAAGUAGCAUAUUAUCUAUAUAAUGUCUCGCCCAACUAUCAUAAUUCGUUUUUAAAUCACUCUACACAUUUAUUUUAAAUGUCAUUUGCCAUUGGGCCCUCUCCUUUUCUCCCUAUACACCAAGUCACUUGGCUCUGUCAUAUCCUCACAUGGCCUUUCCUAUCAUUGCUACGCUGAUGAUACACAACUAAUCUUCUCCUUUCCCCCUUCUGAUAACCAGGUGGCGAAUCGCAUCUCUGCAUGUCUGGCAGACAUAUCAGUAUGGAUGACGGAUCACCACCUCAAGCUGAACCCUGGCAAGACGGAGCUGCUCUUCCUCCCGGGGAAGGACUGCCCGUUCCAUGAUCUCGCCAUCACGGUUGACAACUCCGCUGUGUCCUCCUCCCAGAGUGCGAAGAGCCUAGGCGUGACCCUGGACAACACCCUGUCGUUCUCCGCCAACAUCAAGGCGGUGACCCGCUCCUGCAGGUUCAUGCUCUACAACAUUCGGAGAGUGCGACCCUGCCUUACACAGGAAGCGGCGCAGGUCCUGGUCCAGGCACUUGUCAUCUCCCGUCUGGACUACUGCAACUCGCUGUUGGCUGGGCUCCCUGCCUGUGCCAUUAAACCCCUACAACUCAUCCAGAAUGCCGCAGCCCGUCUGGUGUUCAACCUUCCCAAGUUCUCUCACGUCACCCCCCUCCUCCGCACACUCCACUGGCUUCCAGUUGAAGCUCGCAUCCGCUACAAGACCAUGGUGCUUGCCUAUGGAGCAGUGAGGGGAACGGCACCUCUGUACCUUCAGGCUCUGAUCAGUCCCUACACCCAAACGAGGACAUUGCGUUCAUCCACCUCUGGCCUGCUGGCUCCCCUUCCUCUGCGGAAGCAUAGCUCCCGCUCAGCCCAGUCAAAACUGUUCGCUGCUCUGGCACCCCAAUGGUGGAACAAGCUCCCUCACGACGCCAGGACAGCGGAGUCACUCACCACCUUCCGGAGACAUUUGAAACCCCACCUCUUUAAGGAAUACCUGGGAUAGGAUAAAGUAUUCCUUCUAACCUCCCCCCCCCCCCCCCAAAUUGUAAAGUGGUUAUCCCACUGGCUAUAGGGUGAACGCACCAAUUUGUGAGUCGCUCUGGCUAAGAGCGUCUGCUAAAUGACGUUAAUGUGCCCUUGAGCAAGGCACUUAACCCUAAUUGCUCCUGUAAGUCGCUCUGGUUAAGAGCGUCUGCUAAAUGACUAAAAUGUAAAAUGUAAAUGUAAUGACACACGAGUGGAGAAGACGAGUCUCCUUUCAUACAAGCGCAUUUAAGUCCACAUUCCCUCUCCUCGCCACCUCUCCUUGAUUACCGUUGACCUUUUUCAAAAGGAGGCAAGAGAGCAGGGAGGAGAUAGGACGCAGGAGUUGAGCAAAUCCAAUUGAGAAAAGGCUUGGGUGUGCUCAGGCAGAUAUCUGUAUAUAAUGAUGAGAUGCUCAUGUCUCCGCCCUAACAAUGGGAGUCGUUGUCCCAAAGGCGGGAAGGCACAUGACAAGCUUAGGUCCAAAAUGUUAAGGAGACACUCUGAUUGGUUAGGUAGAUGGUGGUGGUGAGUUAAGAAGGCACUCUGAUUGGUUAGCUGGAUGGUGGUGGUGAGUUAAGGAGGCACUCUGAUUGGUUAUCUGGAUGGUGGUGGUGAGUUAAGGAGGCAUUCUGAUUGGUUAGCUGGAUGGUGGUGGUGGUGAGUUAAGGAGGCACUCUGAUUGGUGGGCUGAGUGUUCACAUGUCACAGGGGGCAGGUAGAAGGUGGUGGUCAUCAUAAGAGCAGCAGCAGUACCAGCAGCAUGGUCAUAAUAGCAGCAGCAACAGGGUCAGCUCCACUCCACACUGACUGA